CGAGCCCAGAACGGCCUGGCCCUGCCGCGAGGAGGCGCCACUCGCGGGUACAGCUCCCGAAUCUCAUUGCAGUUGGCGGAGGAGGAGAAGGAAGGGGCCGGGCCGGGUCCCCGCCCUUCGCGCCCCGGAUGGAGGUGCCCGGCCCGGUAUCCCGGCGGGCGGCGGCGGCGGCGGCCACCAUGCUCCUGCGCACCGCUCGGGUCCCUCGCGAGUGCUGGUUCUUGCCCACAGCGCUGCUCUGCGCCUACGGCUUCUUCGCCAGCCUCAGGCCGUCCGAGCCCUUCCUGACCCCCUACCUGCUGGGGCCCGACAAGAACUUGACGGAGAGGGAGGUCUUCAAUGAAAUUUAUCCAGUAUGGACUUACUCUUACCUGGUGCUGCUGUUUCCUGUGUUCCUUGCCACAGACUACCUCCGUUAUAAACCCGUUGUUCUGUUGCAGGGACUCAGCCUUAUUGUUACAUGGUUUAUGCUGCUCUAUGCCCAGGGACUGCUGGCCAUUCAGUUCCUGGAAUUCUUCUACGGCGUCGCCACAGCCACUGAAAUUGCCUAUUACUCUUACAUCUACAGUGUGGUAGACCUGGGCAUGUACCAGAAAGUCACAAGUUACUGUCGAAGUGCCACAUUGGUGGGCUUCACAGUGGGCUCUGUCCUUGGACAAAUCCUCAUCUCAGUGGCAGGCUGGUCCCUGUUCAGCCUGAAUGUCAUCUCUCUUACCUGUGUUUCAGUGGCUUUUGCUGUGGCCUGGUUUCUGCCUAUGCCACAGAAGAGCCUCUUCUUCCACCAUAUUUCUUCUACCUGCCAGGGAGUGAAUGGAAUCAAGGUACAAAAUGGUGGCAUUGUUACUGACACCCCAGCUUCUAAUCACCUUCCUGGGUGGGAGGAUAUUGAGUCAAAAGUCCCUCUAAAUAUGGAGGAGCCUCCCAUGGAGGAACUGGAAUCCAAGCCAGACCGUCUCCUUGUGUUGAAGGUACUAUGGAAUGAUUUCUUGAUCUGCUACUCCUCCCGCCCUCUGCUCUGCUGGUCUGUGUGGUGGGCCCUCUCCACCUGUGGCUAUUUUCAAGUCGUGAACUACACACAGGGCCUGUGGGAGAAGGUGAUGCCUUCUCGCCAUGCUCCUAUCUACAAUGGUGGUGUGGAGGCCGUUUCAACCUUACUGGGUGCUGUUGCCGUGUUUGCAGUUGGUUAUAUAAAAAUAUCUUGGUCAACUUGGGGAGAAACAAUAUUAUCUCUGUUUUCUCUCCUGAUUGCUGCUGCAGUGUAUAUCAUGGACACAGUGGGUAACAUUUGGGUGUGCUACGCAUCUUAUGUUGUCUUCAGAGUCAUCUACAUGUUACUCAUCACGAUAGCAAUUUUUCAAAUUGCUGCAAACCUCAGCAUGGAGCGCUAUGCCCUAGUGUUUGGUGUGAACACCUUCAUUGCCUUGGCACUGCAGACUCUGCUCACUCUAAUUGUGGUAGAUGCCAGUGGGCUUGGCUUAGAAAUUACCACCCAGUUCCUCAUCUAUGCUGCUUAUUUUGCACUCAUCGCUGUGGUAUUCCUGGUUAAUGGUGCAGUCAGUAUUGUGAAGAAAUAUGUAAAGCAGGAAGAUACAGAAUCAAGUUCUCAAGUAACCACUUCAUAAUACAAUGCUGAAGGGCUUCUUCUUAUAGCAAGAACUCUGCACAGCAACUGCCUGGGUGUAUUUAAUUUUUUAAGGUGUAGACAUAUAAUUAUGAAUGUGCAUUUCACAGUUUCAAUACCUUCUGUUCCUGGAGUAACAUGAUACUGUUCAGAGGAGCCAGAAGUGAAGUUUAUUUCCUGGAUUAUGUAUAAGCUAAUUGAAGGAUGACUUUUUUUGAUUCAGAAGUAAACUUGAUUUUGAAAUCCAAGUAAUCAAGAGCAGUCAAGCAGCACAUGGUGUUGUAUACUUAAUUAGUAAGUGUGUUUGAUGUUUUAUACGUCACGUACAUCUGUAGCCACUUAGCCAGAUGCUUGGCCUGGUGGGACCAGGGCUUCACAGAGGCCACAAGAUGUUACAAAGCAUGACAGAAAUAUGUUCUAACAGCACCUGUCUCUGUUCAACUUCAUUCUUAUUUCUUUGUUACUCAUGUGCUUUUGUGUUUCUACAGAUGAAAGUUGUUCCUAUUACUGGCAAUAUUUGCUCCAGUUUAGUGUUCUAUAAGGAGUAUGUGUCAUUUCUAAUUCUUAUUUUAAAAAAUUUAUUGUAUGAAUGUUCUUCGUUCCUAUUUUGACAAUUAUAUAUUUGUGUAGAUUUUCUUUACAAGUACAUUUUUGCAUUAUUCAUAUGCUUCCCAGAGAAGAGCUCAUUUUGUUAGAAAAGAAGGCAAGUUUUGAAGCCUGCUAAUAAUUUAAAUGGAGAGACCUAAUCAGAAAACUUUAGGUAGGUUUGAUUGUCUUUAAUUCUUCCAUACAAAGGACUGUUAAUACCAUGAUGAAAAAUUCAUGUAUGGGGUAAAGAUAUAACUAGCCCAUUUUGUAUUUGCAUUUCCUUUUAUUUCCAAAAUAAAAUGAAAAAGUCCUUUUCUUUAAAUAACUUCAUCCCCUUUUAUAGCUUUUAUAUUAUUUUGUCUUUCUUAUCCAAGAUAAAGAUGUCAGAAGUAGUUGUAUUAUUCCAAACUGAGCCUCUUUUUAAUAAUUUCAGUGGGACAGGAACUGGGAUAGAUUUGAUUCCUGCAUUUUAUACCUUAAAUCCACCUUUGUUUCUAAGGGUAGAUCAUCUUGAAUAUUUGUUUAUAAUAAGAAUUGCUGGUGAUUCCAUUUCCAUGUUACUUGAAGAAAUGUUAUUCUGUGUGUAUUUAAGUCUGUCAAGGAGCUGCUAAUAGUAUAUGUGAGACAUGAAAACUAUUUUAAAGCAAACUUUGUUGCCUUAUCUUGAAAAGAGUGUGGGUAGGUGCUUUUAACUGGGUGUUAACUUAUUUAGAAUGACACGGCUAAACAGUGUUAAUAAUAAUGUCAAGAUUGCAAAAUUGAUAUAUUCUUUUGGUUUAAGCAGGAAUCCUAGAAACAAAUGGAUGAGGAUAAGAAUAGGUCAUUUUCCAUUCACCUUCUUUUACAAUUAAAGGGAAGGAAAAGAACACUAGUUAAGGAAGGGAAGGGGAAGUAAUGUCAUAAACGUAGCAAUCUCCAAUUUCAUAUUUUGUCUUUUUUUUUUUUUUUUUUUUUUUUUUUUUGUUUACUCAGAAACAAGUAAAAAAAAGUGGUGUUAGAGGGAUUUUAUUUAAUCUUUUUUUUAAUAAAAUGGACUGCGGUACAAUCAAAUUGUUCAUGUUACCAAAGCAAUAUUUCCCUGGAAUUUAAUUCAAAGUUUGUGGCACACAGCCUGAGCCUUUACUUACUUAAGACAAGAAUAUGUUCACAUCUUGGUGUGUGGCCAUAUCUGUAGAAUGCUGAACCCAAUGUGCAAAUUGUACUGUAUGCAGUUUUGCAAAGAAGUGAAAAUAAUUUGUUGUACUUUUUAUUCAAUUCUGUGUAGAUUAUAAAAUUAUUUUUAUUAAAUAAAUAUUUUACAGUAUA